AUGAAGCUUCGAUUAUACGGCCCGACGACGCGCUCGCAUCGCAUCGCUGCGAGCGCGCGGUUCUCUGGCGUCGCCGAUGACGCGCUGGAGAGCGCGGAGUGCGUCAUGGGGACGACGAACAAGACGGCGGAGUACCUGAAGGAGAAGAAUCCAUUCGGUAAAGUGCCGUGCGUGGAAAACGUCGAGCGUGGGAGCUCGGCGUUCGAGAGCAACGCGAUCGCGAGGUACCUGGCGACGAUCGGGGAGACGGGUUCGAGCAUUUAUCCCGACGACGCGUGGACGCGAGCGAGGAUCGAUGGAUGGAUGGAUUCGUUCAACGUCGUGGACGUGUGCGGACCGUGCUGGUUGUAUCCAAUUACCGGCACGGGUAAGGCUCGAGGAAUCGUAUACGACGAGAAGAAGGAGGCUGAAGCGAAGAAGGUGGUGACCGAUUUCAUGUCUGCGGUCAACGUGUACCUGGAGGCGCAUGAAGCUGUGUUUUUAGUCGAUAACAAAAUCUCACUUGCAGACAUCGUCGGCGCGAGCGGCUUGAGCAACGUGUACAGCUACCUCGUGCCGAGAACCGAGUGGGAGGCCAAGUACCCAAAACUUUUGCAGUGGAUCGAGACCAUUUACGCCACGCAAGAGUGGUUGGAGUCCGUGGGCACGAUGCCGGUUUGUGAAGAGGCGGUGACGUACGACCCGAGCGGUGACAAGGUGCUUCCGCGUCCGGUGAAGUAUGUCGAAGAAUGGCCAUCCAAGCGCGUUCGCGAUACCUUCAUCAACUACUUCAUCGAGAAGCAAAAUCACACGCCCUGGCCGUCGUCUCCGGCGGUACCCGUCGAUGACCCCACGUUGCUCUUUGCUAACGCCGGAAUGAACCAGUACAAGCCCAUCUUCUUGGGCAAGGCUGAUCCGAAGACGGCGCUCGCCAAGCUUUCGAGAGCAACCAACACACAAAAGUGCAUCCGCGCCGGCGGUAAGCACAACGAUUUGGACGAUGUUGGUAAGGACACGUAUCACCACACAUUCUUUGAGAUGCUUGGAAACUGGUCUUUCGGUGACUACUUCAAGGAGGAGGCCAUUGGGUGGGCGUGGGAGCUCCUCACGAAGGUGUACUGCCUUCCGGAGGAUCGAUUGUACGCCACGUACUUCGGCGGUGACGAGUCGCAAGGCUUGGAACCAGACUUGGAGGCUAAGGCGAUCUGGCUCAAGUACCUUCCGGAAUCUCGCGUCAUGCCGUUCGGUUGCGCGGACAACUUCUGGGAGAUGGGUGACGUCGGUCCCUGCGGUCCCUGCACUGAGAUUCACUACGAUCGCAUCGGCGGACGCGACGCGUCUUCUUUGGUGAACAUGGAUGAUCCCAAUUGCCUCGAAAUCUGGAACGUUGUGUUUAUUCAGUACAACCGUGAAGAAGGCGGUAUGCUCAAGCCGCUUCCGGCGAAGCACGUCGACACCGGUAUGGGCUUUGAGCGUCUGACGUCCAUCUUGCAAAACAAGCCGAGCAACUACGAUACCGACGUUUUCAUGCCGAUUUUCAAGGAAAUUCAGCGAAUCACCGGUGCUUCGCCGUACACUGGUCUGUUGGGUAAGUCCGAUGUGGGAGAAAAGGACAUGGCCUACCGUGUCGUUGCGGAUCACAUUCGAACUCUGUGUAUCGCCAUUGCCGACGGUGCCGCUCCGGGUUCCGACGGCCGCAACUAUGUGUUGCGCCGUGUGCUUCGCCGAGCGGUCCGCUUCGGACGUGAGAAGCUCGGUGCGAAGCAGGGCUUCUUUGCGCAGCUUGUUCCAAUCGUCGUCAAGCAGCUCGGAUACGUUUUCCCAGAGCUCAUCGAGAAAAAGAAGCACAUCGUGGAAAUCAUCGCCGAAGAGGAGACGUCUUUCGGUCGCACUCUCGAAAAGGGCAUCGCUCAGUUCAAGAAGGUCCUCGAUGCGGCCACGAAGGAGGGCCGCACCGUCAUCUCUGGCCCCGAGGCAUUCCUUUUGUGGGAGUCAUACGGUUUCCCGAACGACCUCGUCGAGCUCAUGGCUGAAGAAGUCGGCUUCACGCUCGACAACGAAGGUUUCGCCAAGGCGUUCGCCGAAGCUCAAGAAAAGUCUCGCGCAGGUGGUAAGAAGUCAGGAGGUGUGCAGCUCUUGUUUGAAGCAGAAGCGACUGCUUGGUUGCAGAACAAUGACGUGAGUACGACGAAUGAUUCUGAGAAGUACGCUGUAGGCCGACCGUCGCACACCUCUACCGUGGCCGCCAUCCUGACCCCGAGUGGUUUUGUCAAGUCAACCGCCGAUGCCGAGGGUCCGUACGGUUUUGUCUUGAACUCCACUACUUUCUACGCUGAAUCUGGUGGACAAGUUGCCGACACUGGUGCAAUUUCGACGCCAAACGGAUCAGUUUCCGUGGAGGACGUGAAGGUCGCCGCGGGUUUCGUGCUGCACACCGGUGAAGUGUCCGGGACGGUGAGCGUCGGCGAAGCGGCGACGUGUGCGGUGGACUACGAGCGUCGGGAGAACAUCAUGCCUAACCAUACGAUGACGCACGUCUUGAACUACGCUCUGCGCAAGGUCGCCGGAGACGGCGUCGAUCAAAAAGGCUCGUUGGUGGACGAAGAGAAGCUACGCUUCGACUUCUCUCUCAACAAAGGGUUGACGACGAAGCAGAUUGCGGACAUUGAAGCAGUGGUGAAUGAGCAGAUCAACGCCAAGCUCUCGGUUGACAAACGUGAGGUCGCGCUGGCCAAAGCAAUGACAAUCAACGGACUGCGGGCCGUGUUCGGUGAAGUGUAUCCAGAUCCCGUGCGCGUUGUGUCCGUUGGCCCGAGCAUCGAUGAGUUGCUCGCGGACCCAAUCAACGAGAAGUGGGUCAACUACUCCAUCGAGUUCUGCGGAGGCACGCACUUACAGACAACGGACUUUGCCGAACAGUUCGUUGUUCUUGAGGAAACCGGUAUUUCGAAGGGUAUUCGGCGCAUCACCGCCGCAACGCGAGGUACAGCUAAGAAGGCGAUCGCUCGCGCCAACGAGUUGAUGGCCACUGUCAAGGCGUGCGAUGCGUUGAGCGGGGAAGCUCUCAACACUGAAUUGAACGUUCUCAAGGUUGCCAUCGACACUGGGUCGAUGCCAACGGUCGCGCGCGAGCAAAUCCGCGAGGAGCUCAAUAGACAAAUCAAACGUCUUUUGGAGGCGGCCAAGGAAGCUGCCGCGGCGGCUAAGGCACAAGCCCUGGUGGACGUCCAAGAGAAGACUGCGGCGACCAAGACGGCGGGCGCGAAGUACUUCGUCGCCUCUUUGGCGGACGAGACGGACGCUGGCGCGAUGAGGGAGGCUGCGACGAUCGCAUUCAAGGAGGGUGUGGCGUGUACGCUCUUCUCAAAGGUCAAGGGCAAGGAGUUUGUGUACGUUAGCGUCCCACCGGAUGUGAGCAUUGAUGUCAAGGGAUGGCUCGCGGCGUCGUGCGCUCCGCUCGGAGGCAAGGGAGGCGGUGGUAAGAACGGCGUGGCGCAAGGACAAGGACCGAACGUCGAGGCCGUCGGGGACGCCAUCGCUGCCGCGGAAGCGUUCGCUAAGCUCGCCAUCUAA